CCGGAGGAUGAAUGAAACCAAACAUGAAUUGGCCAGGUGACGGUGGAGGGGAAAAUUUCGUCCAAUCGUAUGACCUCUAUACCUCCCUGGUAUGACAAAUCCCGCGCCAUAUGGUUGCCGUGGCUAAGGUCUGAACUGCUGUCUGACACGUAUGCGGUCUAUUCACCGCAAUCUUUGUAGUCGAAUUUAAAUGCUGUCCUUACUUGCUAAGAUAUUUUGCAGUGAUAUUUUUUAAGAUAUUCUAACGAGGUUGGUGUAUAAUUUUCAUCAAUAUCGCCUGUAUACUCUCAACGAGAACAAGGCAAUCAUUCGACAGAAAAAAUGAGUAGCAUAGCAGAACAGCCAUGCUACACGCUGAUAAAUGUACCGAUAGACUCGGAACCAAUAAACGAGCUUCAGCUGAAACUCGAUUUGGAGAAGGGUGACACAAAGACAAAAGUGGAUGCACUAAAACGUACCAUCCAUAUGAUUUUGAGCGGUGAAAGAUUACCCAGUCUCCUCAUGACGAUAAUCAGAUUCGUUUUACCCCUGCAAGACCACGCCCUUAAAAAAUUGCUUCUCAUUUUCUGGGAAAUAGUACCAAAAACAUCUCCUGAUGGCAAACUUCUCCAAGAGAUGAUCUUAGUCUGUGAUGCUUACAGAAAGGACUUACAGCAUCCUAAUGAAUUUGUGAGGGGUUCUACACUGAGAUUCCUCUGCAAACUCAAAGAACCGGAACUACUAGAGCCGCUGAUGCCCGCAAUUAUAGCAUGCCUAGAACACCGACAUUCAUAUGUUCGACGGAAUGCAGUCUUGGCUAUAUUCACCAUCUAUCGGAACUUCGAAUUUCUUAUACCAGAUGCUCCUGAAUUAAUUGCCAAAUAUUUGGAGGGAGAGCAAGAUAUGUCUUGCAGACGAAAUGCAUUCCUUAUGUUACUACAUGCGGAUCAAAGCAGAGCUUUGGCUUACCUAGCUGCCUGCCUUGAUCAGGUUCCAAGCUUUGGGGAUAUUCUUCAGUUGGUCAUUGUCGAGCUAAUUUACAAGGUGUGCCAUGCAAAUCCAUCAGAGAGGGCAAGAUUUAUUAGAUGUAUCUACAGUCUGCUGAAUUCUCCAAGUGCUGCAGUUCGAUACGAAGCUGCUGGUACUCUGGUGACUCUUUCUAGUGCUCCGACGGCUAUAAGAGCUGCAGCUGCAUGCUACGUCGAGCUGGUUGUUAAGGAAAGUGACAAUAACGUGAAGUUGAUUGUUCUCGAUCGAUUAAUAGCUAUGAAAGACAGUCCCGCUCAUGAAAGAGUACUACAGGAUUUGGUUAUGGACGUUCUCAGAGUACUGGUGUCGCCGGCAUUAGAAGUUAGAACGAAAACUCUGGCCCUGGCGAUGGACUUGGUAUCGAACAGAACUAUUGAGGAAAUGGUGCAGCUUCUGAAAAAAGAAGUCAUACGAACUGCAGGUGGUGAACACGAAGAUGCUGGAAGGUAUCGGCGACUGCUGGUGCAAACUCUGCACGCCUGUUCCAUCAAAUUUCCGGACGUGGCUGCUACAGUUAUCCCAGUUCUAACUGACUUCCUCUCUGAAAACAAUGAGGCUGCAGCCACAGACGUCCUUAUCUUCGUGCGCGAAGCCAUUCAGCGAUUUGAGUCUCUCAGGCCCUUGAUUAUAGAAAAACUACUCGAAGUAUUUCCUCAAAUUCGAUCAGUAAAAGUGCACCGAGCCGCACUCUGGAUUCUCGGAGAAUAUGCAACAUCUAAGGAAGAUAUCGAGGCAGUGAUGAACCGUAUCAGAGGUGCGUUGGGUGAACUUCCACUAGUUGAGGCAGAAACUAGAAGGGCAGCUGGUGAUAAACCAGCUGAAGACGGAGCAGCAAUUUCUCCGGCAGCUCCAGCUCAAUUGGUCACUUCAGAUGGCACAUAUGCCAGUCAAAGUGCUUUCAGUGCAACUUCCACUGGUAAAAAAGAGGAAAAACGCCCACCUUUGGUUCAAUACAUGAUGGAUGGAGAUUUCUUCAUCGGUGCUUCUCUCGCAACAACCCUGGCUAAGCUGAUACUCCGCUACAAAAGUAUUGAAAGCGAUCAUAAGAAGGGUAACAAAAUGCAAGCCGAAGCUAUGCUUGUUAUGUCCAGUGUUUUACAGUUGGGUCGCUCUGGACUCCCCAAAAAGGCAAUGACUCAUGAUGACGCUGAACGUCUUACCGUAUGCUUGAGAUCUUUAGCCAGCCCAACACCAAUGAUACAAAAAGUCUUCACAGAAGGCUGCAGAGAUGCACUCAGCAGAAUGUUUGCCGCCAAAGCUGAAGAGGACUCACAAACCCAAAAGGCCAAGGAAAAACCAGGAAAUGUUGUUCAAGUGGACGACGCGAUCCAAUUUCUACAACUGAGUCGUGGUUCGGAUCUAACAGGAGGUGCGGGAGACGUCUUUGAGCAGAGUUUAAGCGUAGCAGUGGCUGGCAGACCAGGCGCUGCAGGAGAUACACCAGCGCCAAGUGCUCUAAGCAAAGUAACACAACUCACAGGAUUCUCGGAUCCGGUCUAUGCCGAAGCCUUGGUACAUGUCAACCAGUAUGAUAUCGUUCUAGACGUUCUCGUAGUCAACCAGACAGACGACACUCUACAAAAUUGCACCUUGGAACUCGCGACAAUGGGCGACCUCAAGCUCGUCGAAAGGCCACAGCCAAUUGUCUUAGCCCCUAGAGAUUUUGCGAGCAUCAAGGCCAAUGUCAAGGUUGCUUCAACAGAAAACGGCAUUAUAUUUGGAAACAUUGUUUACGAUGUGUCUGGUGCAGGAUCGGAUAGGAGCGUGGUAGUCCUGAAUGAUAUACAUAUAGAUAUAAUGGAUUAUAUUGUACCAGCAACAUGUACCGAUAGCGAGUUCCGUUGUAUGUGGUCAGAGUUCGAAUGGGAGAACAAAGUCUCCGUUAACACAACGCUCUCAGAUCUAAGAGAGUAUCUUGCCCAUUUGCUAAAGUCGACCAACAUGCGUUGCCUCACGCCUGAAAAGGCUCUUUCUGGCCAGUGUGGAUUCAUGGCUGCGAAUAUGUAUGCAAAAUCGAUAUUCGGUGAGGAUGCUCUGGCGAAUCUGUCGAUUGAAAAGCCGAUGCACAAGCAAGAUGCUCCAGUUGUUGGGCAUAUUCGGAUCAGAGCCAAGAGCCAAGGAAUGGCACUUUCUUUGGGUGACAAGAUAAACUCUACCCAGAAGGGGCCUCAAAGUAAACUUGUUCAGGCUGCCUGAGAAUUGUUCAUUAUUAAUUAUUCAUCAGCUACUAUUCAUCAAUAAAUAGAUUGUCACGUGGUUCGGCGCAGUCGCGAAGAGAAAAAGUGAAAAGGAACGCCUAAAUAUACAAUAAAUAAAAAUGAAGAAUCUAUCAAAAGAGUGAGUAAGAACCGACGAAUUUCAUCCCUCUAGACUCGGCUAGACUCGCAACUUCUCGUGGGUGUCGAUAACAAUGGCGGUCUUGAACUGCGUUAGGUAUUAAAUAUGAGUUUGUAGCGUUUGUAAUAAUUGUAAUAUUGAUAUACAUAGGCAUAUAUAUACAUACAUUAUACAACACUGAAAACAAAACCUUUUUCUUUGGAACUCUUGAUUUAUACAUGUCGGAUCCGUUAAUUGUCAAUGAAACCUACGUAGAAACCUACCAACAUAUUAUGACAUGCAUUACUGACGAUCAGCAAUGUACGAGAAGUAUAACAAAAUAAUAAAGGAGAGAUUAUGGUAUUAAAAA